CGAACGGCACCGCGAGUGUUUUAGCCCCGCAUCCAAAAGCUCUCCGUGCCUGUGAGAGAUACAGGAUGGACAUCUGCUGCUGGGGGAUGAUGGAGAUGAUCGAUCUGCGUGUGUUCCACAUGCAUUUCUGAGUUCGGGGUUUUGAUUUGUGAUUUUUGUGCUGCUCUGACUCGCUGACGGAUGUGAGAUGCGGGCUGAAUGGAGACUUAUGAGAAGAAGAGUUGCUGCUGCUGCAGGGUGCCGCAUUGCCUGGUUGCUGCUUGAGGCUGGAAGAGUGUAGCUGGGCUGAUGAUGGAGCGUUCUGGGGCUGGUGCUCGUGCUUAGAGCUGGUGUUUUGUGGUGGGGGUGCUGGGGAGGGAUGAAUGGACGGCUGUGGGGGUGUUGAGGGAUCUGAAACCCGUUCUCUGGAUCUCUCCUGGCUUCUCUCGAGCGGGCAGGACUUUAGGGGAGAUUUUAUUAGCAUCGAUGGAAAAAAACGACCGGAUGAAUGUAGCCUGGAGAAUCUUGUGAGGAGACAGCUCUCUGCAUUACAGGUGAACUCGAGCCAGAGGGCUGAGUAGAGCUGAGCUAGUUCCACUCAGGACGGGGCCUGAAGUCUGCUUCUCUUCUGAUUUGGACUGAAUCCCAGAGAGCACCAUACCCCCAUAGCUGUUAUAGAACCUAUAGGAAAGUGGUGGUGGUGCAUCUGCUGUAGGUCCAUCUCUAGAUCCAUCUCUAUCUCUGUGUGUGUGUCUUUAUCUGUAUCUCUAUCUCUCUAUCCCUCCCUCACUCAGACUCAGACUCAGUAAGGUGGUGGUGGAGGAGAGAGGAGGACACAAUGACUCAUUUGCAGGCAGGCCUGUCUCCAGAAACCCUGGAGAAAGCCAAGGUGGAGCUAAAGGAGAACCCGGACACUCUACACCAGGACAUCCAGGAGGUGAGGGACAUGAUCAUCACUCGUCCGGACAUUGGCUUCCUCAGGACAGACGAUGCCUUCAUCCUGCGCUUCCUCAGGGCCAGGAAGUUUAACCAUUUCGAGGCCUUUCGCCUCCUGGCCCAGUACUUCGAGUACAGGCAGCAGAACCUGGACAUGUUCAAGAACCUCAAGGCCACAGACCCGGGCAUCAAGCAAGCCCUGAAGGACGGCUUCCCCGGCGUGCUCUCCAACCUGGACAGACACGGCAGGAAAAUACUCGUCCUCUUCGCUGCCAACUGGGACCAAAGCAGGUACACGUUUGUGGAUAUACUGCGAGCUAUUUUGUUGUCGCUGGAGGCAAUGAUCGAAGACCCUGAGCUACAAGUCAAUGGAUUUGUGUUGAUCAUCGACUGGAGUAACUUCACGUUUAAGCAAGCUUCCAAACUGACUCCGAGUAUGCUGAGAUUGGCCAUUGAGGGCUUACAGGACAGUUUUCCAGCCAGAUUCGGAGGGAUCCAUUUUGUGAACCAGCCGUGGUACAUCCACGCUCUGUACACGGUCAUCCGGCCCUUCCUGAAGGACAAAACAAGAAAAAGGAUCUUCAUGCAUGGGAAUAAUCUGAAUAGUCUACACCAGCUGAUCGUGCCGGAGAUUCUGCCCUCUGAAUUGGGAGGCAUGCUGCCACCCUACGACAUGGGGACGUGGGCCAGGACGCUGCUGGAUCACGCUUAUGAUGAGGAGACUGACUAUUGCCCUGAGUCCUACACACUGUCAGUGAAGGACCUGGAGAAAGACUUGUCCCCAAAAACCAUGAAAAGGUCCCAGUCGGUGGUGGAGCCUGGAGUGCUUAAACGGCCAGAAAAAGUGAAAAACGAAGAGGAGAACAUGCAGCCGCUGCUUUCGCUGGACUAAAGGCUUUUAAUUCCCCUGGCUAUGAGCAAACUUCAAGCGCUGAACGCCAGGGAGGAGUGCACCCAGCUCCACAACCAGAGAAAAAAAAAUGUACAAAGGAAAAAGAAAUAAAUGCUGAAAGGAGGGAAGAGACGGAUGAUGAGGCGAGUCUGCGGAGGACUGCGAGGCGAGGCGAGGCUGGGGAGAGACAGCGUUUAAAGUGAUAUUUUUGAAGCAAAGAGCUAAUGGAAGACAUCCAUAUGUAACUGUUAAGUGCCAAUUUAAAUCUGUAAAUACACAGGCGGAUCUGCGCUUAGGAUUGCGGGGAGUAAUCGUGACAUGAACACGUGUAAAAGACUGCUGUGAUUAUUUCUGUAUGUGCUUUCUCGUGAUAAGUUCGUGGAGAGUGGUGUUGUAGGAGACUGUUGGCGGAGGGGGCUUUUGGUAACUCAAACGUCCAAAUCACCAAGUGCAGCUCAGGAUUUCUGAUUAAAGAUUAGUACGUUUAAAAAAAAAGGAAAAAAAAAAUACAGAAAAGCAUAUGGCUGUUAACUGUGUCGUAUAAGCAUAUGCUGCUUUCAUUAGGGUAAAGCGCCAAACGUCCGUGGUUCAGGUUGUAGUUUAUCGAAGCAAAUACCCCUUUACACCACAGCAAGGCAUAACAAAUUAUAGUUAUGAUUUACAGAUAUGAUUUCCAUUUAUGCACAGACGGAACUGUGCCAACACUGGGAAUGGCCUGGAGGGGCUGUUCACAUUUAUUAAUGGAACAAAAUGGUAUUUGUUUAGCGCUUUUGUGGUGUUCCUGCUGAGCCAGGACUGUGUUUAAUAAAAGCCUCACACUUCUGUUCCUCAGACAUCAGACACCUUCACGCUGGCUCGAUAAAUUAUCUUUCAUUCCAAUCAACAUGAAAAUGAUGUUUCAUCUCCUGCUUUUACACGAAUAAUAGUAUCGACUCGCUGGCAGCGUCGUAGACGGCCGUGGCCAGCCUGUUUCACAGAUUUACCAAAAGCAAAUGCUACCAAAGCAUUUCACCGCCUGCCGCAUCAUCACAUAAUCCUUUAUGUUUGCAUAGAUUUUGAAGAAUGCAUUCAAAAUCAUGCUGUAAUUAGGCUAAUUUUAAUGUGGAUUAUGUAGAUCGUAUUAGAAAACUUUUUUGACUGCAGUAAUUACUUGUUUGUUUACUAGACGCGCAAGCCGCGAGUCUUUGUAAGGAAAUGAGGCGAACAGCUCGACUGGUUGGAUUGUAUUGUGCUAACCUUACAAUGGCAGUGAUGAAGUCUUGUUUGUGCUGAUUAGGCCUGCUAGCGUUCAGUGAGAAAAUUGCCUGGGAGGAAGUGAUUUAUAUACAGCGGGCAUGGCAGGAGCAACUUCAGCCAAUUGUUGCUGGCUUUUAAUUAUGGUCAGAUUAUUUAACUUAUUUAACUUUCCCUUCAGUCACGCUAUUUGAUUUAAAUGUGACAUGCUUCUGUCAGGUGUUGAAAUCAGAAAACACCUCGUUUUUCAAGUUUACCCUGUUGAAGGUCACAUAAAAAGCUGAAAGUAAGUCAAACUGCACUCAUUUUUAUAUUUAGUCAUAAAAUGUAAAAUGUUUAGCACUGGGUAUAUUGACCCCUAGUGUGCAUUGUGAAUUAAUUGAAUGUCGGUACAAAUUACAGCACAUUAAUAUUAGAUCAUAGAGCAGCUUGUCGUAAUGAUUUAGCGCAUGCAUUCGUCAUGGAACUGUCAAGCCUCUACUGGAGAUGUCCACAGCAGUUUCUAGUUUGGGUCUUGAUCUUCUCUGGUUGAUUCAAUGUAACAAAUGCUAACCAUUGCCAACAGUGUCAUUUUCUAGCUUUGUCUUUUAGCUUUCAUCUAUUGCAUUGGAUUUUAAUUGAGCAGUCUUCCUGUAUGCCCUCCUCAACAAUCAGAAAAAGAGCUUAAUUCAGUCUCUUCCAUUCAGAUAUUGUCUUUAUAAGCCAGAGUAUGAUGAAGAGUAGAGAGUUACGUUAACCUGUGCUCAAAAUAAUAUUUUAUUUAGUAAAAAUAAUUACUCAAGUAAAAAUAUCAUAAAACAACCUUAGCAAAAAUAUAGUGAACUGCAGUGUAAUUUAGGAACUGUCCUCUUUUUGAACUAUUAAUGUAAAAUUAAAUGAUAAGCCUGAAAAAAUUUAAUAUUUGUUCCUACUUUGAAAAAUGACAAAUGUUAUGGAAUAAAUAAUUAUUGGCUAAGCAAAUUUACUAGUAUACAUUUAAAAUAGUACAGAUCUUAAACCAUAAGCGGUGUGGUGCAGCCAGUGACCUACUCCAUCAUGUGGGAGACUGGAGUUCAGUUCCCGUUCUGGGUGACUAAAUGCUGCGCUACACCAAUAAGAGUCCUUGAGCAAACUUCUAACACUACAUUGGCCCAGAUAAAUGCAGAAAAUGAAUUAAAAUAAAAUGAAGGGAUGUUAUUAAAAUAACGAAAUUUUGGGACAAGGAACAUCCCAUCCGCCUUUCAAUCAAACAUCCUAUUUAAAAAAGAUCCCUUUCUCUCUCUCAUGUUUGCGACAAGUUUGGCAACCCUCCACCACCAUCUCCUCCCUUUAACCCUUUAAAUCUUGACAGAAAGUGGGGACUGGGUUCUCUCUCUGCUCUUCAGUCCCUUCCUAAUAAUCACAAGCCAAUGGCAUGUUGCUAACUAGCAAACUAAAGUUCUGUGGAUGAAACAAAGCGAAUACUUUGGGAGUUCUAUAUUAAAGGGGAUUAUUGAAAGUCAAUUUUGUAUUAUGUUAGUUGUUAAUUAGGUCAGUAGGAGCACUUGCUUGGCUGUAUUGGCUUUAUUUACCUAGAUAGCACGAGGGAAAGUACUGAUUGGACUAAACGAUGAAUUCAUCAUUUGUCAUUUUAAGAUUUUACCUUGUUUGUUUCUGAAAAACAAACAGAAACAAGAGUAUUAGAAUUAGAAUUAAAAUGUAGAGUUAAUGAUUGGAUUAAAUUAAACUACAAAAUCAACUACAGUUAGAACAUUCUCAGAAAUAAUUAGGCCUACUCAUAAAGAGAACAGAAAUGCACGUUGUUAGACCAUGAAUUUGAUUAAUGUAUACUCGAGUGCAUCAUUUCCACAUGAAAAAGUACGUUUGCUAAAUUAAGUAAAUGUUAUGCAUGACUAUUUUCAGUUAGUUUUAAUAAGGGAGUAAUGAGGAAAAGUAGGGGCUAAUAAGGCAUGAACAGUACUUCUUCUCUCUAGACUGCUCUUACUACAGAGUAUUACACACAGCUCAGUUUAAGGUUUUCCUUCCUCUAACAGAUUGUUACGAUUGUGGACGGUGUAAGAUUGUAGCUCCCGAUGCAUCCCUGGGGGAUACUGCAGGAUUCAUUUUUGGUUUUAAUGCAUUUGACAGCUCAUAAAGGGCUUCAUAAUUACCCGACAAGUCCAAUCAGAUGUACAAGACAAAGACGAAGACAGAGAACUACUGGUUUCAGAAUUUUUGCUGAUGCCUUUAAUUAAUUGAUAGAGAAUGGAAUCUGUUAACCCUUAGGAGCCUUAGUUAUCACUGGUGAUAGUAUGUUGUUUUUAUAUAUAUAUAAAUAAAUAUUUUUUGCUAACUUACUAGCUUAUUGAAACCAGCAGCUUCAGUCCAUACCAGAUAUGUGUUUGUAGAAGCAUAUAUAUAUAUUUUGCCUAAUUGAAAGUGUCUAUUUAUUUUUACAUUGAAACUAAUAGAAAAAGUAGGACAUGCAGACUCAAGUGUCUCUAUAAGGAGUGCGAUUUAAAUUGAAAAAGCAAUGAAUUAUGUGUCAGCUUACGUAAUUAAUUAUGCAAUAACUAUAGGUUAAACUGUGGAUGGGGAAAAAUGACCUAGAAAACAAAUCAAAACAAACCAAAAAUAAUUGAAGAUUGUAUUUUUUUGUACAUGCAAAGAAUGUAAAAUAAAUCAUGUACGUACAUAUAAAAUAAGAAAAAUCACAAGCUAUUUUAAAGACUGCCUAAUGGAAGUUCAAUGCAAUAGAGCUUAAAGACAACACUAGAAGCUUUAGAUUUAGGCCAGCCAUGUAGAUAAGUUUUGUUUGUGCAUAAAACUGUCUACAUUUCACUUUUAAAGGGUCUCUAGUUUCGGUUCCCUCCUUAUUCUGAUUCACUGUUGGCCAACAUGAGCCUUCAGCAAGCUUAAAAGAUAAAAAAAAUCCUGAAAAUGACAUUUUAGAUUUGGCAUAUAAAUAUCACACCUUUUUUAUUUAGCUGCUUUGUACUCUAUCAGAGGAUUUCCUGCAGCCGCUCAGUAUUAGUUUAUAUGUCUUUAUGAAGUAGUGAUUUGUUAAAAUGUGAAAUAUGUUUACCAGGAAAGUAUUUACAGCUGUCAGUCCUCAAAUGGUGCUGUGGAUUGAAUCGGGUUCAGUAUUACCAUCAGGACUAGUGUUUUAAGAUCACUUGUCAUUUGUACUUUUUUCAGGCACCAUUGUGGACAGCCUUUUUAUUUGUUUGUUUUUGAUAUUUUUAAGCAUCUGGAAUGUUUCUCAAAUCAUCUCAUUUUCAGGCCUUGCUUUGUAUACGCACUCAUACGAGUACUAAAAUGUAUUACCACUACAACCAAAGCUACCCCACUCAACCAGACAAAGAGUAGUCCUCUGCUUUUCUAAAGAUCAGUUACUGUAGGAAUAUUUCAGUAUUAUAAUAUUUUAAGUAUUGUUAGCAUUGGUUUAUUUCUUUAGCUGUUUGAUUUUCAUAUCACCUUGAUUGUAUAUAAUAAUAUUAAUAAUGACGGAAGGGCCCAUACAGUAUAAAAAUGUUAUCAGAAAGAAAACCAUUUGUGAUAGAGAGCGAAGUGAUGAACAGGAGUAAAUAUGUGUAUAUGUCCUUAUGAACAAAAUGCUGAAAUAAGUUAUGUAACUGAAAUGGAACUACGAAAGAAGCAAAAUAGAACCAAUAAAUAUUCAUACACCUUUAAA